AUGCGCGCACGUCGCCCAUCUCGUAAGGCAUGUCCUCCCGUCUUCUGGAGUACGAGGUUCAACUGGGUUGGCGUAUGCUUCCCGCCGCCUUGCGGAGGGCGAACGUUCGACGGGAUAGCGGCCGAACAUGACCUAUCCAGCACGCACACUUCGAUCGCGCGGCGGACGCCUCCCCUUGACUCUGCGCCAUUUCCUGAUCACGUUAUAUUGGGGUAUCUUUCGCCGCUCCGAGUUCGAAGUAGCUCGAUCGUCGACCCAUACGGCGUUGACAAAGAAGAUCGGACGAGAAAUGCGGCCGACAUCGCGCACGGCGUUCGCAGUCAACCGCACCCUGGCGGUCCUGUACUAUCCUUCCACAUCGACAGUGGCGAUCAUCAGCUCCCUGAGCAUUGGACCGUCGCCCUUGCCGCGGUCGACCCUCAACAUCAUUGUCGGCUUGUUGACGACGCACUCCUCAGCGUCAAGGAUACGAUUCUCAUUGUCGGCCGCCAAGAACUCGCCUUACGCGGAUGCUCACGUUGUGCGACGUUCUCGUAUGGAGGCCAGCUGUGCUCCCCUUCUAUCACGGCAAUCACGACUUCGACGGGCGGUCCUGCGCUCAUCAUCUGCGCCUAUGAAGUCGUCGUUUACAGGCCCGGCUCGUCGACGCUCGAUAGUUCUGCACCUGCAUCCACCCCCGUACUUUAUUGUUCACCAGCUUGGUCUGCUCCGACUUCCUCGAUGUCGUCGUACAACCGGAAGACCCAAUGGCGAUCGCCUCGCGCGCGAAGCGUGCACGCCUCUGUCCCUCCACGCCGGCGCAGCCAAGCGCGAUGA